AUGGAAGACGGUGCCGUGAUUGCGCCCCCCGAGCCUCCUCCGCUCCCUUACUCGUUACACACGCGGAAGAAGGCGAUCGCCUUUUUCUGGAUCCUCUUCGUCGUCGAUACCUUGGGUCAACCCAUAGCUCUGUACUGGGCGCUAUGGUACGCCACGGAUCUCUCACACAAUUUGGUGUUUUCGAUUGUCACCGCGACCUUGGGAGGAAUCUCGGUGUUUGAAUAUUUUUACCGACUCUACAAUCUCUUCCGCAAGAACUCGCGUGCCCGGCCCUUAAAUGCUCGGAAAUCAUGGCUGGAUUUCUUCCAAAUCAAUUUCACCAUUGUCUGGCUGAUUCUGGCCGCCGAGCUUAUCGCGGGAACGGUUCCUAAAGAACCACAUGUGCGUCUCGUUGCCAUGGUUCUCCCCACCGUCAUGUUCUAUUUCGGCGCCGUUUACCUCUCCCUCGAUAUCUUCCGGAUGCUAGGCUACAAGGCCCCGUUCCGAAUCUCGUCUACCCCAAAGGGGUCCGUCAUGCCGACCGCACUGUACGCGUUAAUCGAGGAUGUGGUGGCCGUGGAUGGAGGCGGAGGUCAAAUGUACCGAUACGCGCUCCGGACACGCUAUCUGUCCAGCCCCUACUUCCGGCGGAUGCUCUUCGAAAUGAACUGCUUCUGGAGUGGGGGCUCGAUUGUCUGCGCAGCCGCCAUUACCGCUAUCAUCUUCACGGUCUCGCAACCGGUCGCCUAUACUCUGGGCUGGUCCCUUCCCUUCGCCUGGGCCGGUAUCUGGGCCUUAAUCACCAUUCCGUGGGUUCAAAGUGACCUGCGCCGCGAGAAGAAAGCGUGGGCAGAGAACCGCGGACAGGGCGGCAUCCCCUGGACCGACGACAUCACCGCGCCCACCGCACGCACCCGUUUCGCAUCUGUUCAGGAACACCUGCCUAAUCUCUUGCCUUGGGUGCGCGAGAAACAGAGCGCACCAUCUACACCUUCAGCGGACGGUGCUGCAGACGGUGCUUCGGCUGCGGAUGGCGCUCCGGCUCCUGACGGUACUGCGGCUCCUGACGGCCAGACGACCCAUUAA